UCCCCUGGCCCGCCCCCCUCGCCCUCCCUUGCGGUCGGCGCCGCAGCCUCUCAGUCCCUGCCCGCCGCCGGUGCGCCCCGGGAGCUUGCCCAGCGCGCGCGCGCGCUCCGAGCCCGCUGACUCCUUGCCGCCGCCGCCGCCGCGGCUCAGCCGAGUCCCCACUCUCGAGCAGCCGCCGCCGUCGCCGCCGCGGGGACAUGGUCCUCUGCGUUCAGGGACCUUGUCCUUUGCUGGCUGUGGAACGGAUCGGGCAGCGGCCCCUGCGGGCCCAGUCCCUGGAACUGCCUGAGCCAGUCAUGCAGCCCUUGCCUGCCGGGGCCUUCCUGGAGGAGGUAGCAGAGGAGACCCCAGCCCAGCCAGAGAGUGAGCCCAAGGUGCUGGACCCUGAGGAGGAUCUGCUGUGCAUAGCCAAGACUUUCUCCUACCUUCGGGAAUCUGGCUGGUAUUGGGGGUCCAUUACAGCCAGCGAGGCCCGGCAGCACCUGCAGAAGAUGCCAGAGGGCACGUUCCUAGUACGAGACAGCACCCACCCCAGCUAUCUGUUCACACUGUCGGUCAAAACCACUCGUGGCCCCACCAAUGUGCGCAUUGAGUAUGCCGACUCCAGCUUCCGCCUCGACUCCAACUGCCUGUCUAGGCCUCGCAUCCUGGCCUUCCCAGAUGUGGUCAGCCUUGUGCAGCACUAUGUGGCCUCCUGUGCUGCUGACACCCGAAGUGACAGCCCUGAUCCCACUCCCACCCCGGCCCUGCCUAUUGCUAAGGAAGAAGCACCUGGUGACCCAGCACUGCCUGCUCCUGUGGCUACCGCUGUGCACCUGAAACUGGUGCAGCCCUUUGUGCGCAGAAGCAGUGCCCGCAGCCUGCAGCACCUCUGCCGCCUUGUCAUCAACCGUCUGGUGGCCGACGUGGACUGCCUACCACUGCCCCGGCGCAUGGCCGACUAUCUCCGACAGUACCCUUUCCAGCUCUGACUAGGCCGGGUACCUUACCCAGCCUCACCCAGCCACACCCUGGAGGGGACACUGGCCCCAGCUGGACUUGGGCUCCCGCUGUCCCUGCUCCAGUCAUCCUGGUGCCUGCAUGCAUCUGGCAGCUGGACCAGGAAAAGCCACCAAGAGCGAGGCCGGGGGGAGGGGGAGGUAUCACAAACUUGGAGGUGAGUGCCCUCAGGCCCCAUGUGGCUCCAUUGUGGUGAGCCAUGUAUCAGAGGAGAGGGAGACAAGCAGGACCUCGUCUCACCUGUGGCUGGGCCCAGGCCUCUACUCACUUCCCUGCCUUGGCCACUCGGACUGUGUAGAUGCUAUCAGCCCCAGUUUCUCAGUACCCGGGGUGGGGCAGGCCCCCUACCUCUAGCCAGCCUCUGUUUCUGAGAGGUUGGCAGCCAGAGGAACUGGGGUUGACAGUGACAGUCCCCUUGUUGGGGCAUGGGCCAGGCUGGGGGACUGCACAGUAAUACAAUAUUUAUUUAUUUAUUCUCCUCAAGGUUGGUCUCAGGGUGAGCCAACCCCACCUCUCUGCCCUGAGCCCUGGGUAGUCUAGAGAUCCCACUGCCCCAGUUUCUCUGGUUCUUCCCUGCAGGCAGCCCCAUCCUGAGACAUGUUACCGGACCCAAGACAGUCCUGGAUUCCUGGCACUGACUCAUCCACCUGUGAAUGUGUCCACUCUCUUCUGCCCCUAGCCCAGUUUGGGGAGGAUGGGAAAUGGACAAGAAAGUGGAGCCAGAGCCUCAGUCUCCAGCACAGCCUGUGGCUCACCCCUCGCUGGCCAGAGCCAGAAGCGCACAGAGCUGUGUGCGCUGAGUUAGGAAGGGGUGCUGGCUUGAGGGCUGCUGCUGUAGCUCUGCUGGUUCGGCUUCCUGCCCAGGAAGUUGCUUGCACGUGACAAAGGGAGAGAAAUAUAUAUCUGAUAAGUCUUUAUAAAAUAAUGAUUAUAACAAAGAAACCAGUUUGGUAGUCUUUUCUUCUAC